AUGGCAGUUUGGGACAGAAAGAUUUCCUGUUGCUUCACGUUACUGCUCGCUGGUGCUCUAGGUCAAAGAGUGAACUAUCCAGGUCGUGUUUGUGGUGUGAAAGGAUCGACCAUCACCCUCCCCUGCUCCUUCACACCACUGAAGUCUGUCUAUGAUAAUGGAAGAGAAGUUUUGGUCGAGGUCGUCAGAGUCGUCUGGUGCAAGAGCCAUGAAACCUGUUUCGGAGACUCCGUCUGCACUCCGUCUGUGUACGACAGCGAAUCAAACAACAACGACCCUCGUUACAGAUACCUGGGAGACAAGAAGGGAGACUGCACUUUACAGAUCUCAGAUUUACAGGAGAAAGAUGACGCAACUUUUGUCUUCAGAGUGGAAACUAGUGAUCACAGAGCAACUUUUACUGACAAAUCAGGAGUGAGAGUCAGAGUCAUAGAUGGUGAUCAGAUGAAGAUAAGAAGCUCCAGAGAUGACGGAGAGUUUAAAAGAGGAGAAGAAGUCACACUGAACUGUUCUGCUGCAAGCUGCACUAUCCACCAACUGGAGGUCAGCUGGUUCAGAGAUGGCCACGCCCUCUCAGAGUCUGGCCCCGUCCUCCAUCUCAGCAAUCUGACUGCAAAGGAUUCUGGGAACUACACCUGUGGUUUGAAGAGGAACAACCGCACCCUCUCCGUGCCGUACAGCCUGCAUGUGGGAGCAGAAGAGGAAGCGCAGUGCUGA